UUAGUUGCACCAAUUCUACGAGUAUUUGGACCAAAACCUGGUACCGUGCACGAAGGUGAUAACGUAAGUCUAAAAUGCUCAAUUGAAGAGGGUUCAACACCGGAAAUAAACUGGUUUAAGGAUAACUCAACCCGAUCUGAAAAGGAAAGGGUGUUGCACUUAACAAAGGUUAAAGCUGAGGACAGUGGGUUGUACACCUGUAAAGCAGAGAAUGAGGCUGGCUCCUUUUCUGGCGACAUCUAUCUAACAGUUGAUGGUAAGUGCCUCACCCAGUUCUUAAAUCUAAUUACUACCCACCCCUUGUUAGACAUUUUCUAAUUGUUUUCUAGAAUACAAUAAUAUGGUAACUUUAGAUAUACAAAUUUUAACCAAACUUCCUGCUCCUUGCGAAAUUCUAGAAGCUUAUUGUCUUCAUGAUUGGAUUGUGUAAAGUUCUCCGCUCGUCAAAGAUCAUAGUAGCUGAAGGCAACUUUUUGUCGACAGCUCAGUAGCCGACCUGAAAUGCACGAAUUCUUAUGAUGCAUUUUAUGACUUUUACGUUUUAUCGGAGAAUAAAUGCUUUUCCUGAAUGUGUAGAAGUGAACUGGAAAUUUUGUGGGCGUUUUUUAAAAAAAGAUUAUUCCACUCACGCUUGUUCGAUAAGAGAUGAUUAUAUCCAACGCGCACUCGUGGAAUAAUUGUUAAUUAGAAAUGUGAAACAAAGUAGCCUCUUAAAAAUAGUUCCAUGAGAACCGAGAGGGCUUGGUGCACUGAAUCCCAGUCCUCAACUCUGAAUAUUUACUUCUGUCUCAGUGAGCUAAAACUACUAUAUGUCCUAUCCGAUAUUUCCAAGGCAGACGGUGCAUAAUCGUGUCCCAAAAUAGCUUACACUUGUGCUUAAUUACUUGAUGUUAUAAAAACCAUAAAAGUGGCAAAGCACAUCAGUAACAUCACAUUACGUGUGACGUUAACAUCGACCCCGUUUUUAUGAUUCUGGAAAGGAUAAGCAAAAGAAAGGAUUUCUCAGAAUUUCUCAUACAUAGGAUAUGAGAGAAACCUUUACGCAAGCAGAUGUAAAGGUGGUGUUAAGUUAACACCAACCUCAAAAUUUGACUCGAUUUAAACAGUAUCAUUUAAUUACUUCCGCCAUGCAGAUUGUUAUCAUGUUUCCAUAAAAGUUCGAUGUAUAAUAAAAACAUUAAUAAUUUUUCAGUUCCGCCCAAGGUGAACCCAAAACUGAGGAAUCAGUCACUUUCAUUGAGCUCUGCGUUUGAUGUGAAAUGCAUUUUGGAUGGUGACCCUUGUCCAGAGGUCAACUGGACAAAGAAAGGAGCACCUCUCCAGAUCAACAACAAUACGCUAAGAAUCGUCAACGUGACAUUCAAAGACGCAGGACAAUAUGUUUGCAUUGCAGAAAACAGGGCAGGAAAAUUGAACAUUUCCAUCUGGAUUGAUGUAACAGGUAAAAUUUCUUAAGGCUGUUUUAGGGUAUAGCAAUUGUCCAUGGCUGCCACUGGCCGGACGCACGCGUUAGGUACUGGCCAGACCACAUAGCUAACUAAUAAAAAAUGUAAAGCGCAAGAGAGGUAAAAAGAAAAUUGCGUGAUCGAUCUUGAACAAUUUCAUAAAUGAAAGAAGAAAAUGAUGGAAGUAAUGGAAGCUUUUUUGGCAGAGAGAACGUUCUUGCCACUGUAAGAGAUCGGAAAUUGUUUUUGUCGAAGUCUUACCUAGAGAAUAUAGCGUCCUGGAAAUGGCGGUUAAAAGAAAGCGGUAUGGCCUGCUUCAGGUGGAUAUUGGCGUUGCCAGCGCUAGUUUGCGUGUGAACGAAAUGCGAAAAAGUUGCCUAAUGUUUACUUUCUAUGCUUGAUGCAAGUCUCCUGUCACUUGGUGCAGCAAAAAAAAAUAUAGAUCAGUGGAAGAAAAACUGUUGGGCUUUUUUUCACAUAAUUGCAAGUAAGGUUGGAGCGAGUGCAAAAUUCUCAAAUAAACUAACCGUUACUAUAAAAUGUUACAAAUACAAAAUUUAAAAUAUAUAUUCAUAAGUAGUGUAGUAGACACUAAGUGAAACCUUUUUUGUCUUUACCUCGAGAGUAAAAUGCGGAGGAAUCUCAUUAUCUUCUCUUUUUGUAUUUCUAAUACAAUAGAAACAAUAGACCGGUUUAACUUGUUUGUCAUGUUCUGCAGUUUUAUUUAACCGGUUUGACAGGUUUUCAUAUCGGUGGUGUUAUAGUUUAUUUUUAAUUAUGUGUGUCAUAUUCUUAUGUGGGUAUGAUGUCAUUGUCUAUUUUUAAUUGUCUGCGCCAAUAUCCUUUUUUGGGUAUGAUAAUGUCCACGUUGUAUUCUGAUUGGUGGACUCCUUUCAAACCAGACAUGGGAUACCGUUUUUGAUAACGAAAGUUUUUGUAAAACAUUUAAGAGCGACGGUCAGGAAAUAUCGAGCAUCGAGUGGCAAGCGUUGAAAAAUCGAUUUCCUUCAUUUUUUUUGUCCAUAGAUAGCUUUUAGGUAGAUAAGGAAUCUGAGGUAAGUUGGUUUCGCAAAAACCCUUUUAUUUUCGAAAAAAGAAAGAUUGACAGUUUUCGUGGUCGGAGUCUCAAAAUGGCCUUAUUUUCAACGCGAAAUUUGCUAACAUCAACUCUCCUCGCAUUCGCAACAAAGCCGCAAGAAGAAAUUUGGACACUUUCUAUCAAUAGAUAAACUCUUCUUCUUUCAUUAGAAGAUACUUUCAAAGAAAUACCGUCCUUGAACUGACAUGAUUCAAAAAAGAUUAACAGGUUUUAACGGUGACAAAAACUUUAAUUUAGUAGUUAUUUUCUGGGUCAUUAUUCUGCAUGUGGUAUAGCCUCAAAUUCUCCCAGUCCUCAUUUAUUCACACAUUUAGAAAUUCAUCUAAAACAUACCUGAGAAUUAGCUUGGAUUCCUGAAGGCAGCAUCCAAACGAAAUCAUCGAAGUCCGGUAAAUUUAGCGAAACGUGACUGAAAUAACCUAUUUAACGGCUGCAAAGUUUCUUCGUUUCGAAAAGUAACAAGACGAAAUAUCUUCUUGUUCCAUCAUCCGUAGCGAAUUGCCAUUGUUAAAGUCCUUAUUUUUCGAUAAAAUUGGGUACCAGAAUUGUAGCGCGUUUGCUUUUUUUCUUCUUUGGCCUGUCAUGAAAAUUUCUGAACUUCGAUGGUGUCUUACAGAGAUGUACUUCAACAACCGAAGCCAAUUCAAACGAAGGUGUAAAACAUUAAAUUUGAAGAACAAAAGAACUAAAUAAUUAAAUGAAAAGUUUUGCUGGAAUGGAGUCGGGUUGAGUGUUUAAGGAUGGUCUCUUUUCCUUUAUUAACGACAUCUCAUAAAUGAGGCACUCGAACUUUCCUCGGCAUUUCAGAAGGAUCUUAAAAUGUUCUUGGAUAUUAGUUGGCUCUUGUUGGUGUUUUUCUUUGAGGUGUUUGCCAGUUACGGAGUAUCUGUGCUCGUUAAUGCGUAGAUGGAGGUGGCGGCUUGUGUAACCAAUAUAAUUCGCAUCACACGAACUACAUUUAAAUUCGUAAACAACGCUCUGUUGGUUUACUAAAACGGGCUUUCUCUCCGUAACUUUCAGAUCUUCAGAGAUUUUCUACUUGUAAAUGCUGGCUGUAACACAUGACCGAUUUUUCUACUAGGGCUGCGUAAUUCUUGGCGCUCGAAGUCGGCAGAUUUCUAGUCUUUAAAUGGUAAAACGAUCCGAACAGGAUUGUCAGCUUGCGCGAUGGACUCUUGGUUCUGCCCAAGAGUAGCUUGAAAUCUGGCAAAAGUAAAAUCGAUCAACUUCUCUGAAUAUUUCAUUUUCAGGAAAAUGGAUUUCAGUUCUUUACAUUCUUGACUGAAUAGCGCUGGGGAGGAAGAUAGCCGGUUAGCGCAAUCAAUCAUAGUUCUUAAAAGUGAUCUUUUAUAUCUAUUGUCAAUGUGGCUUUGAUAGUGCAGCAAGUCCUUUAUUGGUCGUUUUCCUAUAGUCACAGGUAUUGAGGCGAUUAUAGGUCUUGAUGAUUACCAUGCCAAGAAAGGGUAACUUAUUGUUAACUGCUGUUUGCACUGUAAAUUGAAUUGCCUGGUGUGCGUCGUUCAAGGAUGCAAGGAAAUCGUCGGCAGCGGGUAGAUCAGGUGCUAGGGCGAAGGUAUCGUCGACAUACCUCCUGUAGAAAUCGGAAAGCUUGUUCUCAUUUGCUAGCACAUGAGAACAUGAAGGUGUUCGCCAUCAAUGGUUUCAGUGGUGGUCCCAUAGCAACGCCCUCUACUUGCUAGUACAAAGCACCAUUGAACUGGAAAAGUUGAUCUUGAGUGGCAAUUGUAAGUAAUUCGAUUAAGUCAAGUUCAUUGAUGUUGAGACCGUGUGGGCUGUUGAACCAGUUCCCGGUGAAGGAUUUGUUUGCCAGAAUUUGAGUAGUUUCAUCUAACGGUACGUUGGUGAAGCCGGCUGUGACAUCAUACAACACCAUGAAAUUAUGAUCAUGAUUUGAAGCUGCUGGAUCUCUUCGGAAAAUUAAAAAACAUCAGAGAUCGUGUAGUCAUUGACCGAUAAAAGUUUUAACUUCUCGUCGAGCCACUUGGCCAGAGCGUAGCUGGACGUAUUUAUGGCAGAUAAAACAGGUGUCAUUGAAAGACGUUCUUUAUGGAUCUUUGGGAGGCCAUAGAGGUGGGCUAGCCCGGAACCUUCAAUGCAGAGAGAAUCCGCUAUUUCCCUGGGGAGGAUUCUUACGAACGAACGCUUCAAGAUGCUUCUCUUUCUCAAAUAAAGGAUGGUAGUAUUAUGGUGGUCUUCCUCUCGUUGUUGGUCUUUCCGGCCCGACAGGGAUGAAUUUGGUAUUAUCGUUUAUCGGCACUUCACACAGUAAACAAUCAUAAUCGGUCUUGUUCAUAACAACAACGCCAGAACGUUUAUCGGGCUUUGUAAUCACUAUGUCAUCUCGUUUCUACAUAGAAAGGAACUCCGCAAGUCCAUCUAGGAACGUAUUUAGCGCGCACGGUUUGGUCACGUUAUCGUUGUGUGGUAGUAGAACCUACUCAACGAGCUCUGCAAUGUUUUUCAGGGAAAUUAUACGUUUAUCUCGAAGCAAGUCCGCGGGGAGUCCAGAAUAGAGUAUUUGUGGAGGUAGCCAUGCUAGGCAACAAAUAAGAAGCACGCUAUUUAGACACCGCUUGAGAAAGAUAUACUCAAGACAUCUUUAAUCCUUCGUUUUUCAUCCUCGCUUCCAUCUAUCAAGUCUACCUUUCUCUUUAUCUCGACCAGUACAGAUGGAAGGUAGGCUGCAAAUGAGUAACUUAUAGUUUCGUUUCCUCUUUUAUAGCAUCAAAAACCCUAAACUUAUAACAGCAGGGACCACUAGGUCUGAAUAAAACCCUCUUGUACAAGGAUUCGCUUUUUUGUUUUGUAAGGGACAUUUGUUUCUGCUAAGUUUACUAGAGCAUCUUUGUAUGAGAACACGUUCCGCUUAUUUUCUUCGGGGAUGAGAAUGUAUUCCUUAAGUACAUUGUAGAAGACUUGGACUAAUGCAUGUAGUUGUUGUGGAGUGGCUGUCCGUAAGAGAAAGUGGCGCUGAUGAGCUGGACAAACAGCUAACAGUUGAAGAAAACCACGGUUGUUCUUGACAACUUAAGACAUUGCUACAAACUUAACUAAUUGUGGUAAUUUACGGUCUUUCACAGAAAACAAUAGAAAUGCAGUGGUAGUGAUGGAGGAAGAAAACAAUAGAAAUAUGGUGGUGGUGGUGGAGGAGGAGGAGGAGGAGGAGGAGGAGGAGAAGUAAAUCUAUAUAAAUGCGCAACAUUUUACCUUUUUCUCAGUCUACAUUCUGCUCCUGAGAUGUUGACAUGAGUUUGUUCUGCUCCGUUUGCGAAAACUCGUUUAGUAGAAAGGAUGGCAUGCAAAGGCAUGUGAUGUCUAAACACUGCAAAGCCAGUCUCACCCCAUUUCAAACAGUUCCAAUGCCUUCAAUAAAUUGUGAGCGGUUUCGCUUCGAUCAUCCUUUCACGUGCAUGGUUGCCGGAAUGACUGGGUCUGGAAUGACAGCCUGGGUUCGAUCUCUAUUACGGCAAGCUUCAGAGGAAAUUUACCUUCCCCCAGAGAGGAUAGUUUGGUGUUAUUCACAAUGGCAGCCUGCGUAUACAGAAAUGCUAGUGGCCAUGCCAUACAUUGAAUUUGUCAGGAGAAUUCCCACGGCUUUGAAGUAGGAGUCGUAUUUUGAUGUGAACAAAAGAAAUUUGAUCGUGUUUGAUGAUCAAAUGAUUUACGCCAGUAAAGACAAGCGAAUUGUGAACCUCUUUACUCGUGGUUCUAGUUAUCGCAAUCUAAGCGUGAUUUAUAUCGUGCAGAGUCUAUUUCAUUAGGGAAAGGUAGCCGUAGCGUAAGCUUUAACAGUCACUACUUGAUGCUAUUCAAGAACCCUCGAGACAAAUUGCAAAUUUUGAUUCUCGACAAUCAAAUGUACCCUGGGCAAACUGAUUUCUUUUUAAACCAGUACGAAAAGACUGUGAAAAGACCCUUUGGUUACCUACUAAUUGAUCUGAAAACCACAACACAAGAUAAUUGUCGACUACGAAUAAACGCCCUACCCAGUGACGAAGGCUUUAACCAAGCAGGGUUUCAUAACAAUAUUCCUUAAGAGCUUCUGAAAUAUCUAAGGCAGCAAAAUCUUUCACCUCUCCCACUUCUUCCAGCUAUGCAAGAGAUAAAGGGCAACAUGGACGACGUGCUUUCUCAAAACGACCUUCAAGGGUGACGAUCAAAAAGCUAAGAGGUACCUUCAAUUGCAAAACAGAUAAAAUAGAUGCCAUCUUACAAAAACCUGAAACAGAAGGUUCCACCGCACCACCAUCCUUAAAUCCUUAUUUCCUGACCCCUCCUUCCACAGUAGAAACCCCAUCACAAGCCCCGAAACGCAAAAGGCGUCGCAUUCAAUUUGUAAAUUAUUUGGAUGAUGAUGACGAUGAUGCUCAUGGCAAACAGAAGAGACGAGCCUGCCAUACGAAAUUUCGGGCCCAACCUUACAAAAAAAAUUACAAGUAUUCUAAGGGGAAGAAGAUGAUUGAUUUUUUUUUAUCCCUUUCAAAAUGUUGUAUAUUUUAUUCUCUUUGUAAUGAUUUUUCAAUAAAGUUUUAAAAAGGGUAUCUCGUGUCUGGCUUGAAAGGAGUCCACGGAUUAAAACACAAUUACAUUAGAAACACAAGAAGAGAAGAGAUGGAGAUUCCUCCGCAUUUUAUUCAUGACAUAAAGACAGAAGGAUAUGACGUCAUCGGCGUUAAUGUAUUCCUCCGCAAGUUAAUGAGAUCCCCCGGUACAUUCAGUGCCAACUAUAGUACUUACAUAUAUAAUGCAGUCAAACCUCCAUAUGCGACGACCUCCUGUAAGCGCCCAAGUAUCAAAAACACCAAAAAUUUCCCAGUCGAAGCCUUAUAAUUGGAAUCUCUCGUAAACGACCACCUCCUGUAAGCGACCGCGACCACUUUCUUGGGCUAGCGGUUUAAUGGUUUUCCAUUGUUUUUAUUACACAUUGUUUUGAAGAAAAUAAGGGCAAACAGCUAACAAAUAGAUUCCAUGCUGCCGUCAUCUACGUACUCAGAACCGUCACUCCCGGCGAGGAACGCUAUUCCAACAUCGAGAGAGAAUUGAUAGGAAUGGCCGUUCGCCAUGGGGAGGCUUCACAACUAUGCGUUUUGCGAACCAGUCAGAGAUCAAACAGAACACUAACCUCUGGAGAUGAGUUGGAAGAAGAGUUUUGCCACUGCCAGUCUGAGACAUCAAUGCCUUCUUCUGAGGCUUGCCAGAUACGAACUCCAAGUGGGGGAAAACUGUAGGAAGGACACACGUCCUAAGUUGAGUCAACCCUCCUAGUCCAAAGCCUAUGGACUCAAAGCAGAUGGAUGUGAUUCACCUCACUUCAACCGUCCAGCAACAGACAACCGACUUGAACAGAAACAGAGUAGCCACCUCUGCUGAUUCAGCUCUAAGCCAGUUACGACAUUAAAUCUUUCAGGGUUGGCCACUUCAGGAGCAGCAACUCCGAGGACGAGUGUAAUAUUACGUACUGUAAUUACCGGGAGGAGCUUUCUGUUGAAGAUGGUCUGAUGUUCAAAGCCCAUCGACUUGUGAUUCCAACCUCACUGAGAGCAAAGUAUCUAAAAGAUCUUCAAACGGGCUACUUAGCAGGGGAAAAACUCGGUUGAAAGCACAGGAGACAGUCUUUUGGUCCGGGAUCUCGGAUUAUGUAAGAAAUGCAGUUAAGUUAUGUGACAUAUCACAGAAAUAGAAGCCUGCUCAACAAAAGGAACCACUAAUACCACAUGAUAAUACUUUAGCCAAAGCUAUCCUUAAUCGAAAGAUUUCAUUGAAGCCAUGGUCAAAGUCGUAAAGGGUAUCAUGGAGGCAGAAGAGUCGGGUUCUGAUCUUGCAACACUGAUCUACGGAUGCGGAUGAUACAGUAAUUUUCACGGCUGCUAAAGAUCUGGAAUCCAUUCAAAGGCAUCUCAGUGAAGAUUGCCACAACCUGUCUUCUUGGUUUCGUGAUAAUGAGCUUGUCCUUAAUCUAAAAAAGGGCAAAACUGAGUGUAUGAUCUUUGGUACUGCCAAAAGGCUUAAUGCAUUGAAUGGAAGACAACUAGCCUUGACUGUAAAUGGAACACUGAUUAAUACCACGUCAUCGUAUAAAUACUUGGGUGUAACCUUGGAUUCAUCCUUAAAUCUCGAAUCACAUUUUGACAAAAUGUAUAAAAGAGCAGCUGGAAGAUUUAAUUUACUCAGGAGAAUCCGACCUUUAAUCGACAAGAGCAGUGCUGAGAAAAUCUACAAAGCAAUGAUUCAACCUGUUUUUACGUACUGUGGAACUUUGGGUCUCUGUUGGUCACAUUCCCGUAAGAGUCGAAUUGAAAGCAUUGAACGUCGAAGUCAGAAAGUCAUUGGUGGAAAUUAUCAAGUCCAGACAGUGGAGAGUUUAAUAAAGAGGCAGUCCUGCCAGCUUGUGUUUGAUUGUCUUCAGGAUAAUGUCUGUACCCCUUUUAAAGGAUAUUUUACAAAAAUUGAACACAACAUUAACACUAGAAACAAUGGGUGUUCACUAAAACUUCCCAAAACCAAAUUAGAAUUUGGACGGAGAAGUUUUGCCUUUCAAGGGGCUCUAGUUUAUAAUACUUUACCUCGGCAUUUAAGAACUGUAAACUCUAGGUUUCUUUUUAAGAGUAAUUUAAAACAAUUUUUUCAAUAGUAUUCCAUAAUUCAUACUCUUUUCAGUCUUGUAAGUCGAUGAUUUUUACAGAUUUUGAUUUUUAAAUCUUAGAUUUCUUAGUGUUAUUUUAUUCUAUUUUCCUUUUUCGAUUUUAUUUUUUAUUUUUUAGCUAAUUAUGAGAUAAUUACAGGACCCUUUUGAUAACAGUUCUUUUUAUUAGAACUGAUAGGUUAUCCUGUAUAAAUAUUCGCGUUAUUAUUAUUAUUAUUAUUAUUACCGCGCGAACCCAAUCCGACCAGAUCAACUUCUACUCCCUAUGCAUCAAAAUCUACAUGCCUAUCUAGAGAUCAUCAGGGAGGCGCGGGUAGCACAUAAACAAGCCCAAGGUGAUCAUUACGAUCGAAAGCCAAGAAAGUUCAAAUUCUACAGCAAUUUCAGAGUGUCCGGUUCUUGUGAGAUCCCAAGAAACCAAUCUGGCAGAAAGCCACAGACAUAUUCGUCGAGCGAUUCAGAACAAGGCACACGAAUAGGCCUUUUGCAGCUUGUCACUCACGUGGUACAAAACCGCCAUGCUGGAGAGCAAGUGACGCACUGGGAGAAGACAAAAAAAGAAAAUUACCAUUUCAAAUGCUGUGUGCUCUUUGUUUGUCGUAUGUCAUUGCGUCUAUUGUUCUUCAGCAUGGCGGAUUUGUACCACGUAAAUUUCAAGCUGCAAGGAGCCUAUGUACUGCUUUACGACUACCGUAACCGGGGCCACUUCGGCAAAGUUGACGAAUCAGGUUACAGGAAAAUAAUAAUACAUUCCAAAAAGGUUGGCUGUGGGCCAAUCAGCAGCUUACAAAA